AUGUCCGUUAAGUUCCAAGAGGAGGCCGUCCGCACUGUCACGGGCGGCGGCAAGCCCGAGGACCUCGUGCAUCGCGUCGGUGAACGAUUGACCGGUGGAAAGACAGCGGCUGGGUAUCUCCAAGCCUACCUCCUCCAGCUCCAGAAGAACCCGCUGCGCACGAAGAUGCUCACCUCCGGUGUGCUCUCCGCGCCCCCCCUCGGCCACGUCCUCGUUGGCAUCUUACAGAAGAUCUUCGCCGGCCGCACAAGUCUCAAGGCCAAGAUUCUUCAGAUCCUCGUUAGCAAUCUGAUUAUCUCCCCCAUCCAGAACAGCGUCUACCUGACCUCCAUGGCUAUUAUCGCUGGUGCGCGCACCCUCCACCAGGUUCGCGCGACCGUUAAGGCUGGAUUCAUGCCCGUCAUGAAGGUCAGCUGGAUCACCUCGCCCCUGUGCUUGGCCUUCGCUCAGAAAUUCCUCCCCGAGCACACCUGGGUGCCCUUCUUCAACAUUGUUGGUUUCUUCAUUGGAACCUACGUCAACACCCACACCAAGAAGAAGCGCCUGGAAGCUCUCCGGAAGCGUUACGAUCAGCGUCGCGACCCCGGUUACGAGAAGCGCGACUUCCCUUAA